GCAUAGCGUGAGCUAAAGCCUUACAGCUGUGUUUUAGACAGACUACUAUGAUUGCAAAAUGGUGUUUCCUUUCCAUGCAAUAAAAGGGAACCUGAGUGUGCUGUGAUGUUGAAACAAAGCAGUUUGUUCUUAUCUAAGUAUCAAAUACAUGGUGACUAUGAUUUUUUGGAGCACUUUGUCUCGAGGAAAGAAAAUGAAUGUAUUGUUUCUUGUUGUGACAGCAAUGCUUCCCAUCAUCUGCAAAGGCCAACAUAAAGCUCCUGAUACUGUCACUGAAAAGAAGGGAAAUUCUGCUGUGCUGCCAUCUAAUUUUGCAUAUGAGCCAUUGGCAAGCGGUGAAAAGAUAAAUAGUAUAUGGCUAAAAAAUGAUCAUGUGGUAAAGAAUGCAGAAAUCGUGUUAAACUGUUCAGCAUACACAAGAACAUGCAGCAAGAACAAGGACAACCGAUUUCAGUUAAUAGGAAACAUCUCUGACAAAAAUGGCUCAGUGCUGCUAAAAGAUCUGCAGUUAUCAGAUACGGGGCCAUAUUACUUCCGUCUGGAGUUCCCUGACAACAAAUCAAAAUCCUUUACAUUCACGGAACCAACCAACCUAACAGUUCAAGGAUCUCCUGAAAUUUUGAAAUUGGACGUUACUUAUGAGUUUUUCAGACCUACAGAAGUUGUCUGCCUGGCUGAAGGAAACCCACUGCCCAAUCUGACAUUGAACUUCGAAUUGGCACAGACAGGGCAGAAAUAUCAGGCUGAGAACCUAACCAUCCACACGGCAAAUGAAUUUCAAAUAAGGGGAGAGAUUCAGAAUCCAACUGGUCAACAGUACAUUUGCAAUGCUACAAACCAAAUUGGAACACAACAAAAAACAGUUUAUGUUGGAAUUCCUCAUUCAGUUUUCAUAAUACUUACAGUUUUCAUAUUAAUUUUUUUGCUGUUGGCUUGCUUAGUCUACUGGAAGUUUAAAGGGGCAAAAAAAGCAUCAAGCUCACCAGCAGACCCUUCUCCUGUAAAAGAUGAUAUGACUUACUACUCAGAGAUUUUGAACAAUGUGCAAACAGCUACAAAUGACAUUUAUUAUUCUGAGAUUAAAGACAAUGGCAAAAAAGAUACUAUUUAUUCUACUGUUACCAUGUAAGAAGUUUUCUCACAAGGUCAUCAGCUGCAGGCUGGGAUCUCAAGUAGCCACAGAAGAGACCAUGUAAUUGGAAUUAUGAAUACCAUUCAUCAUCUCCGCUUGUAACAUCUGCAAUCUUUUUGUACAGUAUUGGGCUUGUUGAUGGUCAACAAAUUACAAAAAUUCUGCAAAAACAUUUAAUGUAAACAGCUUAUAAAUAUGUAAAUGCACUAUACUUUGUGAAAUAUUACUUUUUGCACUUUUUAAAUUAUAUUUGUUAAAGACCAAAUGUGCAGUACUCUAGUAUGAAAUGACUAAUGUGUACCUUAUUAAUUAACAAUAAAAAAUAACAAAUCUGAAAGUAUCUCUGAGUGUUUGAGUGGAGCACAUAAAAUCCCAGCCGUUUAAUUCUUCUUGAGGUCCAUUUAAGCCCGGCUUAUCUCAAAGGCCUUACGUCCACUGCAGCAGGAUAGGCUCAGGCUCAGGGACCCUGUAAAAAAAGUAAAUCAAUCUGAAAAGAGAAAAAAAAAAGAUGGAUGGGCAUUUCUAGCUGGGAUUGAUUCAGAAUGGCAGGUAAUUAAACUAAAUAACCUGAAUAUAAUUAUGAAGGUAACUUUUGGACAUGCUGCCUUCAUUUGGAUUCCCCGUGAUAAACCUUUUUUGCUUUAAA